CAAUCUUUCCAUCUACAAGGACAAUGGGAUAAAGAUUAGGUUUAACAAUUUACGACGUGCUUUAAUAGAACAAAUUUCAGGACCAGAAAUGAUCAUUCUAAAGGAUUCCUUGAAAGAAAUAUUGGCAGUGGAUGAAGAAUCUCUCAACAGCUUGAACAGUGUCACAGAAUUCCUGAAUCUACUGAAACAUAAAAAAGUUUUUACUGACCGAGAUGUUAUAGCCAUGCAGUAUCUCAUGAGACUCAUUAAACGGCCGGAUCUAGAACAAAAAUGCAUUGAUUUCGCCACCAGUAGGAAGGAGAGAUUGUGUUAUUUUCAGGAGGAGAAACACGCAGAUGGGUGUUCACGUGUUAGACUGCAUGUUGUCGACGAUAUAGAAAAUUUUAUAAAGUUGGAAUCCUUGGUUGAAACAGUGGCAGCAAUCGUAGAAUGUGAUCCUAAAUCCAUCCAGGUGGUCGGCGUUAUUCGAGAAAGCAGUUUCAUUAUUCUUAUAGAAGUCGAAAAAAAAACUUGCCGAAACACUCUUAAAGAAAAGAGAAGAGAUGCUCAAAUAAGCGGAGUAUAAGGUUGAUAGAAUUGAAAUUGAUGGAUAUGUGAUCAAUAUUGAAAAAACAGAAUAUGGAGAAGCAUCAUUCUCAUGUGAGACAGCAUCAAUUUUUUUCGGUAUGAAA